GCAGCUAUCUGCGCACGCGCAGGAUACCCGGGUCCCAGGUGUUGUGUAACACGGCGAACAACAAUAACAUCGGUUGAUAGCGGAUGACAGAUGCGAACGGUUGCUGACAAGCAUCUUAACGAAAUUUCGUAACUGAGACUGACCCCAUAAAGCUUCCCCGUGGUACAACAUCAACGGACACCGCGUCGUGGGUUGUCAUUUCAUAACAGCGAGGCAGCUGUAUGAGAGACAUCCAAUUUUUUUCUCGUGAGCGAAACUUUCGCAUCCGGAGGGUCCAGUGAUUCCCGCCAAUUUGACACAAGAUACGUAUCCAAACAUGGAUGUAAGGACAGUACAAAAUUGGCUGAACAGGCUUCCUGAUAACUGGCAUUCGCCACAGAGCCCCGACGAACUUGUCAUUCAGAAGAGAGGUCGACGUAAAUCUAUAGUGUGGUCUCCUGAUCUCGAUUCUUCUAAACGACGCAGCCUCCUUAGCAUAAAUUCUAAAGAUCAUACACCAGUCAAGAGCCCACAAACACCAAAUAUAGCAUUGAAGAACACUGCUAGGAAGAGGCUCUCCCUCGUUGAUACUCGCCAAUCUAGUUUUAUCACACCAGAAAGAAAAAAGACUUCAUUACCUUCUCGAAUAUCAUUGGAUGUCACAAAUGCGUCGGCAAGGCGAUCCAAUGAUAGUUUGGCAAAUAAUUUGCGUGGUCUCAGUCAUGAGCAACUCGUGCAGUUGAUCAUGGAGUUGGUGUGUGCACAGGAAGACAAUGUAUUGAACAUGAAUGAGAACCUUCGUGAUAUUCUUUCCAAAAAAAUGCCAAAUGCAGACAUUCAGCCACUGAUAGAAAACUUGAUUUCUCUGCAGCAAAAUGUUUAUGCCAGCCUUGUGUUUGUCUCUGAUUUGACUGAUAGUUCCACAUAUAGUCGAGCUUAUGUACAUCUAGAUAUGUUUCAGAAAACUUUGGUCGAUCAGGGAAAAACAUUGCAAAACUCUCAGCACUGGGUUUCAUUGAUGCACUAUUCACUAGAAGCGUGGAAAAUCGCUAAAAAAUUACCAGAAUGGGUAGAACAUGGUUCUCACAAUGUUUCAUAUAAAUGUUUUAAGAGUCUAGCGCAGUUUUGCAAUGAAGCUAUAAAAAAGGAAAUUUUGAAACAUCGACUCUGGAAAGUUACAUUGAGAGUAUUAAAGCUAUAGCUGAAGAAUGCAAAGAUUUUCAAUUGUGUUUACAAACAGCAAA